GACCGACAGCACGAGGAGGAAAACUCACUGAGUUCUCAGGGAUAAAUUAUUCAGCUGUGGUGGAACCGGGCGACCAGCUGGGCAGAGGAUGGCCUGUUGUAAGCAGGGCAGCCGGCUCCUGCUGGCUCUCCUGGUCCUCCUGGUUCUGCAGCCCGUCCAGGGGCGGUCCUCUCGACACCGCGGCCUGCGGCGCCAAACCCGAGAACACCACAAGCACCUGGAGCCGCACCAGAACAUCACGCUGGCCGUCAUCCUGCCGCAGAACAACACAGCUUACCCCUGGGCCUGGCCUCGCGUCGGGCCCGCCCUGGAGCGAGCCGUGCGCACCGUCAACGCCGACCCCACCCUGCUGCCCGAGCACCACCUCACCUACGCCUUCAAGAACAGCGAGGACAAGGACGGCAUCUGCUCCGAGUCCAUCGCCCCGCUCAUGGCCGUGGACCUCAAGUUCGCCUACGACCCGUGGGCCUUCAUCGGACCCGGCUGCUCCUACACCUCCUCCCCCGUGGGGCUCUUCACCACCCACUGGGACGUCCCCAUGGUUACGGCGGGCGCUCCGGCCGUGGCCUUUUACGGCGGCGUUUACCCGUCCAUCACCAACACGGGCCCCACCCACAAAAAGCUGGGCAAGUUCGCCGUGCGCAUCUGCAAGCACUUUGGGUGGCAGGAGCACGUGAUGCUGCUGUUCAACGACAACAAGGUGGACGACCGGCCGUGCUACUUUGCCGUGGAGGGUCUGUACGAGGAGCUGAAGAUAGCCAACAUCACCAUCCAGGAGCGCGUGUUCGAGGAGAACAAGCCGCCCGUCAACUACUCCGACAUCCUGAACGACAUCCAGAACGAAGGCCGAGUGGUGUUCGUCUGCUGCUCCCCCGAUGUCUUCAGGAAGUUGAUGGUUCACUUUCAGCGGGCGGGGCUUCCUCAGGACGAGUUCGUCUUCCUCUACAUCGACGUGUUCGGAGACAGCCUCAACUCGCCGCGCAGGCAGCCCUGGGCCCGGGGCGACGAGGACGACGCCAACGCCAAGGAAGCCUUCCAGAGUGUGAAGAUCCUGACGUACCGAGAGCCUCAGAACCCCGAGUACAGAGAGUUCGUCCGGCACCUGAAGACGGACGCCAAGAGGAUGUUCAACUACACCGUGGAGGACUCGCUGAUGAACAUUAUUUCCGGCGGUUUCUACGACGGCCUGAUGCUCUACACCCACGCCCUGAACGAGAGCCUGACGGCGUCCGGGGGCCGGCCGCCGGGGAAGAACGUCACCAUGAGGAUGUGGAACCGAACCUACCACGGUGUGACAGGACUCGUCCACCUGGAUGAAAAUGGAGACCGAGAGACGGACUUUGCUCUGUGGGAUUUAGCCGACACCAACACCAGCGCCUUCCAGAUCGUGCUGGUGUACAACAGCUCUGAGGAGCAGCUGACCUCCAUGCCCGGGACGGCCCCGCACUGGCCAGGGGGCGCCAUUCCCCCCGACGUUCCUCCCUGCGGCUUCAAGAACGACAACCCCGUCUGUCUGGAAAAGACCAUCACCAUCCACCAGAUGGUCUCCAUCAUGGUCCUCUUCAUCAUCAUCAUGACCCUCACCAUCACCGUCUUCAUCUACAGGAGGCUGAAGCUGGAGAAGGAGCUGGUGGCUCAGCUCUGGAGGAUUUCCUGGGACGACAUCCAGAUGAGCAACCUGGACAAAGUGCUCCGCAGCGGCAGCAAAAUCACCCUGUCACUGAGAGGCUCUAACUACGGCUCCCUGAUGACUGGAGAUGGAAACCUGCAGGUUUUUGCCAAGACGGGAUACUACAAGGGCAACAUCGUGGCCAUCAAAUACACCAACAGGAAGCGCAUCGAGCUGAACAGGAAGGUCCUCUUUGAGCUGAAACAUAUGCGGGACGUCCAGAACGAACACCUGACCAGGUUCAUCGGAGCGAGCGUCGACACCCCCAACAUCUGCAUCAUCACAGAGUACUGUCCCCGAGGGAGCCUGCAGGACAUUUUGGAGAAUGAGAGCAUCACUCUGGACUGGAUGUUCAAAUACUCCCUCAUCAACGACAUCGUCAAGGGCAUGGUCUUCCUCCAUAACAGCGUCAUCGUGUCUCACGGGCAGCUCAAGUCCUCUAACUGCGUGGUGGAUAAUCGCUUCGUGCUGAAGAUCACAGAUUACGGUCUGUCCAGCUUCAGGAUCGAGGCGGACGCCGCCGAGGACGCUCACGCCUACUACGCCCGGAGGUUGUGGAUGGCUCCUGAGCUGCUCAGACUGGAGUCUCCUCCUCCUCGGGGAACACAGAAAGGAGACGUCUACAGUUUCGGCAUCGUCCUGCAGGAGGUGGCGCUGCGCCGCGGAGUGUUUUACCUGGAGGGAGACCCGCUCAGCCCCAAGGAGAUCGUGGACCGGGUGGUGCUGGGCGAGUGGCCGUGCCUGAGGCCCAGCGUGGACCCGCAGGUCCACAGCCCCGAGCUGGGCCAGCUGAUGCAGCGCUGCUGGGCCGAGGAGCCCACCGAGAGACCCGAGUUCAACCACAUCAAGCUGCUGCUGCGCAAACAGAACAGGGAGUCCAGGACCAACAUCCUGGACAACCUGCUGUCCCGCAUGGAGCAGUACGCCAACAACCUGGAGGAGCUGGUGGAGGAGCGAACACAAGCUUACCAUGAGGAGAAACGCAAAGCCGAGGCCCUGCUCUACCAGAUCCUGCCUCACUCGGUGGCGGAGCAGCUGAAGCGAGGUGAGACGGUUCAGGCCGAGGCCUUUGACUCGGUCUCCAUCUACUUCAGCGACAUCGUGGGUUUCACCUCCAUCUCUGCAGAGAGCACGCCCAUGGAGGUGGUGACGCUGCUGAACGACCUCUACACCUGCUUCGACGCCAUCAUCGACAACUUCGACGUUUACAAGGUGGAGACCAUCGGCGACGCCUACAUGGUGGUGUCGGGGCUGCCGGUGAGGAACGGCAAGCUGCACGGCCGGGAGAUCGCCCGCAUGGCGCUCGCCCUGCUGGACGCCGUGCGCACCUUCAAGAUGAGGCACCGACCAGAACAACAGCUGAAGCUGCGCAUAGGAAUACACAGCGGUCCAGUGUGUGCAGGUGUGGUCGGGCUGAAGAUGCCGCGGUACUGUCUGUUUGGUGACACGGUCAACACGUCGUCUCGCAUGGAGUCCAGCGGAGAGGCCCUGAAGAUCCACGUGUCGGCGGCGACACGCGACGUUCUGCUGGAGUUCAACUGUUUCCAGCUGGAGCUCAGAGGAGAGAUCGACAUCAAGGGCAAAGGCAAGAUGACCACCUAUUGGCUGCUGGGAGAGAGCGACAGCCAAUGAGAGAGAAGGAAGCGAAGGAGAGAGAGAGCGGAAGGACACGAGAGAAACAAAAUGUAACCAAGGAGACAAGGGAGCAAAGGAAGGAAAGGAAGGAAACAUGUGACAGGAUGCGAGACGGACGCAACUUCACGGUGCAUUCACCUGCCGGCGGGAUUAUCGGAUUGCAAAUUUCCCACCAGGAAGCAGCACCUGAACGUCCCACAAGCCUGUGAAACGAUCCUAAAUACCUGUUGUGUGUGUGUGCGUGCGUGCGCGUGCGUGUGUGUGUGUGUGUGUGUGUGUGUGUGUGUGUGUGUGUGUGUGUGUGUGUCAGCUGUUCCUCCACUUUCAUAAACCAGACACCGCCUCCAUGUUGGGUUUUUCCUUGUGACUAAAAAGCGUCAGUUUGGGCUGUCUGAUGUCUUGAUGCGCACUUGAACGCAACAAAGCAAAAACCUGGAGGACGGUGGCUUGAAAGGGACAAACAGAAACACAGACUGGAGAAAUUCUGCAGGAGGAGGAGCGGACCCGGCCAGCGAUUCACGGGAAGGCAGGAAAAUAAAACAAAGGAGCCGAGAAAGGACACGAAAAAUAUUUUUAGAUCCUGUUUGAGCCGUUUAUAUUUUCCUUGUUUGUGUGUGUGUGUGUGUGUGGUUGUGUGUGUGUGUGUGUGUGUAUGUAUGUAUGUUUCCUUGGUGCCAGUGUUUUCAUUUCAGAGAGAAAAUCAAGCUGGGCUGACUUGAUUUUGGGUGGAUUUGCCCUUUAAUCUGUCUGAGUUAAGGAAGAUGCUUUUGUCGCCACCUGGUGGUUGAAUGACGCCGUGGCGCUUCAGGCCUCCUUCACUGACCUGAGAGCUCGUCCAUGAUACACGUUCAUUAUAGAGGACAUCAUAGGGUUUAUUAUAGAGGAUAUUAUAGAGGAUAGUGUCGCUCGGCGGCUGCAGCACAAAGUGACUCGUGGUCUCUUGUUUGAUUACAGGAGACAUUUUGUUCUGAGAAGUGAAAAAAGAAAAAAGUCUGAAAAAAGUCAACUUUUAUUUUUAGGCAAAUUUUAUUUUUCGCUCUCAUAUGAAACAACUAACAUCUGAUCUGACCUUCAUAUACUACAUUUUGAUAAUUCUAUCUUUAGUUUUUUUGUCCGUUUUUUAAAUGUUUCUUUUUUCUUUUUUUUUUUUUUUUGAACUAAUUUUCUGGUCAUUUUUGGCUUCCACUUUUUCCACUUUUUUUUUUUUUUUUUUUUUUUUUUUUUUUGGAAGGAAAUCAAGUUUUGUCAGGGUUAAUCCUCUGAAACCUGAGCAAAUCCACAGAAAAUUCACACCCACAAAAAAAAAAAAAAAAAAAAAAAUGCCAGAAAUUUUGUAAAAUGUUCCUUGGAAGUUUGCAAUAAAUAAAUA